AGACUAGCCACAUGCAAAGCAAAGGUUGUGUCAACCUGGAUUGUUCAUUCCAGCGGCGUUGCGAUUUAGAAAAUCAGCUCUGGAUAUUUUUGCAAACAUUAUAGCUCGUUCCCGUUCUGUUAACAUUAUAGUUCAUACACAGAGAUAAUUUGGAAUUCAAACCUGCGAAUUCGCAGUCGGUCGCGAGGUGAUGGCCACAUUUCUAUAAUAAAUAUUGCAAAAGAAUAUUACUGUAGUUGCUGAAUCAACACAGCUCGUCAUUGAAAUAGCAUCCAUCCUGCGUGUUCGUUACAUUCCAAACAUUUACGAGAUUCGUGUUAACCCGCUCGGCAUUCGUUUAUUUCACCUGCCAAGGAGAAAACGUGUGACAGACAAUGUGCAUUUGUCAGGUUGGAGUUGGUGAAGAAGGAAUCAGUAGUUGAAGCUUGUACCUGAAGGAUUCGUGCCAUGGCCCCGCGGAAGAGAAGCGGACGGGGGAUCUCCUUCAUCUUCUGCUGCUUCAGAGGAAGCGACCAUCCUGAGAUCACCUACCGCCUCCGCAAUGACAGCAACUUCGCCCUGCAGACCAUGGAGCCGGCACUUCCCAUGCCUCACUCGGAGGAGCUGGAUGCCAUGUUCUCCGAGCUUGUGGAUGAACUCGACCUCUCGGACAAACACAGGGAGGCUAUGUUUGCACUCCCCGCAGAGAAGAAAUGGCAAAUAUACUGCAGCAAGAAGAAGGAGCAAGAGGAAAACAAAGGCGCAACCAGCUGGCCUGAGUUUUACAUCGACCAGUUGAACUCCAUGGCUGCUAGAAAGACUCUUCUUGCCCUAGAGAAAGAAGAUGAAGAGGAGAGAAAUAAAACGAUUGAGAGUCUGAAGACGGCACUCAGAACACAGCCUAUGAGGUUUGUCACCAGGUUUAUCGACUUAGAUGGCUUGACAUGUAUCCUCAACUUUCUAAAAAGCAUGGACUAUGAGACCACUGAGUCUCAGAUACAUACCUCACUGAUAGGAUGCAUUAAGGCGCUCAUGAAUAACUCUCAGGGCCGGGCUCACGUACUAUCUCACACAGAGAGCAUCAACAUCAUUGCUCAGAGUCUCAGCACAGAGAACAUCAAGACCAAGGUGGCGGUGUUGGAAAUCAUGGGAGCUGUGUGUCUGGUGCCAGGGGGCCACAAGAAGAUCCUCGAGGCCAUGCUACAUUACCAGAAGUUUGCUUGCGAAAGGACUCGCUUCCAGACAUUAUUGAAUGACCUGGACAGAAGCACAGGGAGAUACAGGGACGAAGUAAAUCUGAAAACAGCCAUCAUGUCCUUUAUCAACGCAGUUCUUAGCCAAGGAGCUGGAGCGGUAAGCCUUGAGUUCCGCGUCCAUCUCCGGUAUGAAUUUCUCAUGCUGGGAAUCCAGCCAGUUAUAGAUAAAUUGCGUUCCCAUGACAACGCAACAUUAGAUCGGCAUUUGGAUUUCUUUGAAAUGCUGAGAAAUGAAGAUGAACUGGAAUUGUCGAAACGAUUUGAUGCAGUCCACAUAGACACGAAAAGUGCUAGCCAGAUGUUUGACCUCAUUAGAAAGAAGAUGAACCACACAGAAGCAUACCCGCACUUUAUAUCUGUUCUACACCACUGUCUCCAAAUGCCUCAUAAGAGAAGUGGCAACACAAUGCAGUACUGGUUACUCCUUGAUCGAAUAGUACAACAGAUUGUCCUUCAGAAUGAUAAAGGUCACGAUCCAGAUGUUGCACCGUUAGAAAACUUCAAUGUAAAGAAUGUAGUUCGAAUGCUGGUUAAUGAAAAUGAAGUCAAGCAGUGGAAAGAGCAGGCAGAAAAAAUGAGAAAAGAACACAGUGAACUGCAGCAGAAGCUAGAAAAGAAAGAGAGAGAGUGUGAUGCCAAAACCCAGGAGAAGGAGGAGAUGAUGCAGACCCUCAAUAAGAUGAAAGAGAAACUGGAGAAAGAGGCUUGUGAGCACAAGCAAGCCAAACAGCAAGUGUCUGAACUCUCCACACGGCUGCAUGAUCUUAGCACCAGGGCUAGUUUCUCCUCCAUCCCUGGUGGGCCCCCUCCUCCCCCAGGAGCCCCAGGUGGCCCCCUUCCUCCACCCCCUCUACCAUGCGGCAUUCCUCCUCCACCCCCUCUUGGGGGAAUGCCUCCACCACCCCCACCACCAGGGGGCCCUCCUCCUCCUCCUGGACCUCCACCCCUUGGAGGGGCACCCCCCCCACCUGGAGCACCCCUGGGACCUGCAAUGAAGAGGAAGAACAUCCCACAGCCGUCCAACCCCCUCAAGUCUUUCAACUGGGCCAAACUCCCUGAGAAUAAAUUAGAGGGAACUUUGUGGACUGAGGUUGAUGAUGCUAAAGUUUUCAAGGUGCUUGACCUUGACGACAUCGAGAAGACAUUCUCUGCUUAUCAGAGGCAACAGGACUUCUUUAUGACCAAUAACAACAAACAGAAAGAAACAGAUAACGAUGACACCUUGGGCUCAAAGAAGGUUAAGGAGCUGUCUGUGGUAGAUGGAAGGAGAGCUCAGAACUGUAAUAUUCUUCUGUCCAGACUGAAACUGACAAAUGAAGAAAUCAAGCGUGCUAUCUUAACAAUGGAUGAGCAGGAAGAUCUUCCAAAGGAUAUGCUUGAACAGCUCCUGAAGUUUGUUCCUGAGAAGAGUGAUAUUGACCUGCUGGAGGAACACAAACAUGAACUUGAUCGCAUGGCCAAAGCUGACCGAUUCCUUUAUGAAAUGAGCAGAAUAAAUCACUACCAACAGAGGCUACAGUCGCUGUACUUCAAGAAGAAGUUUGCAGAGAGAGUAGGAGAAGUGAAACCCAAGGUUGAAGCGCUCCGUGUUGCUUCUAAGGAGGUGCUGCAGAGCAGGAACUUUAAGCAGCUGCUGGAGGUAGUCCUGGCCUUUGGGAACUACAUGAACAAGGGUCAGAGAGGCAAUGCAUACGGGUUUAAGGUGUCCAGUCUAAACAAGAUUGCCGACACCAAGUCAAGCAUUGACAAGAAUAUUACCCUCUUGCACUAUCUGAUCACCAUUCUUGAGAAGAAGUAUCCCAAGGUUGUGGCUUUCCAUGAGGAUCUGCAAAAUGUACCCAUUGCUGCAAAAGUGAACAUGACCGAGCUUGAUAAAGAAAUCAGCAACCUGCGAAGUGGCCUGAAAAAUGUGGAGAGUGAGCUGGAGUUCCAAAAGUCAAAGUCUUCGCAGUCCGGGGACAAGUUUGUCUCUGUGGUUAGCCAGUUCAUCACUGUGGCUAGUUUCAGCUUUUCCGAUGUGGAGGAUUCACUUACAGAAGCGAAGGAGCUGUUCUAUAGAGCUGUGAAACAUUUUGGAGAGGAUGCAAACAAGAUGCAGCCGGAUGAGUUCUUUGGAAUCUUUGAUCAGUUCCUUCAGUCCUUCAGCGAGGCCAAGCAGGAGAACGAGAACAUGCGGCGCAGGAAAGAGGAGGAGGAGCGCAGAGUGCGCAUGGAGGCACAGCUGAAGGAGCAGCGAGAGAAGGAGCGGAAAUCCCGCAAGGCCAAGGAGAAUGGGGAGGAAGACGGAGAGUUUGACGACCUGGUGUCAGCCCUGCGCUCCGGCGAAGUGUUUGACAAGGACCUCUCCAAGAUGAAACGCAAUCGCAAGCGUAUCAACAGCCAAGUAACAGAGAACAGCCGGGAGAGGCCAGUUACCAAGCUCAACUUCUAAACUUCUACAUGCGAAACACUGCAGCUUAAAAAAAGGGGCAGUUGCAAUUUCAUUAAAAAUGCUAGGAAUCCUCAAGCUCUCCCUCUCUGUCUCUCAUGCUAGUCACACUGCCCUGUGGCCCAGCCUUUUGGCGGCUUCAUUUCUUAUCUGACUUUCUGUUAUUUCUGCUAUUGGCUGAAAAUAAUAAGAAAAAGCCAAUGUGCUCUGGUGCAUAAGAAUACCAAUGUCUGUCUGGAAACAGAUUACAAAAAAAAAAAAAAACAUUCC